GGCAACGGGGACACUGACAGUGUAGCGUGACGAGAUUGACUCGGUGUAGCUAGCGAACCCGUUUUGUUCAAGAGAUACGGCAACAUUUGUCUUCUAACUAUAAUGCAUUACUAAGUAUCUCCCGGGGUAUAGGCGAAACAUUAUCUGCAGACAGUGUGUUUGUUGCGAGAAUAUCGUAAGCUAACAGUUGGCUAGCUAACAACAGUGCAAUGUUUUGAACGUCGAUGACACCAUAAUUAGUUGUGCACUGCUGCAUACCUUCGUUUAUUGCUAGCUAAUUAUAUAAUUUAGGUAACUUAGCUACAUUAUACCAAAAGUAUUACUUUUUAGAGAUGGACAACGUUACUUCAUCGUCACACCAUGCAUAUGAAUCAGAGGGCCAGGGGCUCAGACCACCAUACAGGAGGCGGACGGUGGAGGACUUCAACAAGUUCUGCACCUUUGUGUUGGCAUAUGCAGGCUAUAUCCCAUAUCCCCAGGAGGACUCUCCUCUGCGUAGUAGCUCCAGCCCCCCCAACAGUACAGGCAGUACAGCAGACAGUGAUGGCUGGACCCCUGUCCCUGAACCCCCCUCCUCUUGCCCCCCGCGGCCCCCCAUACCCCCGCAGGACAAGAACAGGAAACGACCCCGUCCCACCGGAAUCCACCCUGGGGCCUCACUAUCCAGCCAUGUUAUAAAAAAUCAUGGCCAUUUAGCGUCCUCCCUGCACCCAGAUGACCGGAGGAAAGCCAACAAACUGAAGAAGAGGAGGAAGGACUGGGAGAGCCAGGCCGGCGAGCCGAGCUCUGCACAACAGGCCUACGCAAUGAGCCCAGAGCCACAGUUCCCCCUGCCCCUGGAAGGACGACCAAUCAAAGACGAGCCUGAGGAUGACUUCUUCAUCCCCCUCCACCCUUCGUCCCCUCACCGCCUGCCCAGCCCCUCUCACUUCAAUAACUCCUCCCCCUGUAAGCAGGAGCACAAUGAGGAGUGGGAGUGCUGGGCGGGACAGGGGCUGGUGGAGGGCAUGGUGGAGAGUGUGGAGGGUUUUACUAGGAACAGGACGGUGAUCCGACAGGGGAAACAGGUGGUGUUCCGAGACGAGGAUGGCUCCGGAGAGGACGAGGACAUCAUGGUGGACUCCGAUGAUGACUCGUGGGACCUGGUGACGUGUUUCUGUAUGAAGCCGUUUGCAGGCCGGGCCAUGAUUGAGUGUAACCAGUGUAACACGUGGAUCCACCUGUCCUGUGCUAAGAUCAGGAAGUCCCACGUUCCUGAGACUUAUAUGUGUCAGAGCUGCAGAGACACACUGGGCCUGGCAGACACCCGCCGCUCAUACCGCUCACGCAUUGGCCCCCGCAGACACCUUCUUGACUGACCCCAUUGCAAACCCCUUCACCCCUCUCACCUGCAUUUAGACCAUGCCGCAUACGGUUCUAACCCCAACCCGGUCCUGUAACCCAUGCCCCAGGCCAGCCCUUUCCUUUUGUCCCUGACCCCAGUCCUACCCCAUGCCCCAGGUCCUUUUCCUCACCCCUAUUGCGUCGACUAAGCCUAGUAGCCGUCCCUCGGGGUUUUCAACACCCCCAAACUAAACCAAUCCGAGUGCUAUUUAAGAUUUAUUAUAAAUUUGACAGUUUCUCUCUGCUUCCUUCCGGACUCUGUGUGCGUAAGGCAAUCACUGAAUGUCUGUCUGUCUGUAGUACAAUAGUUGACCAGUAGGGUUGGACUCCGUAGUCUAGUCUGGCUGACCGGUUAGCUCAGACUGGAUAGAGACUAGCUACGCAUCUCGCAUGAACAGUGGAAACCUGUCUUCACUCUUAAACUGUCGGGGAGAAUGACCUAUAGAGCUGCCACCCAACAGUGUGCAUUUUGGGACGUUGGCUUUUUGUACUUAUUUCAUGCGUUAAAGGGGUGUGUUGACUUGCCAACCCCUUCUCCUCCCUCAACCACCCUCUCAACUAGGUGGUUGGUACGUUUGUCUGUCUGAGGGAAGCCUUUGUCUAAAGCCUCAAGCAGAGGGUCUGUAGAUAAUGAUGUCCAGUUCUAUACUGAACAAAAAUAUAAAUGCAACACACUGAGUUAGUUCAUAUAAGGAAAUUUGUCAAUUGAA